UCUAUGUCUGGACCCAAGGAGAUUUCAAUAAUGAAUAUUCUAACCUCCUUGUCUAGACCGGCUUCAGUUUGAACUUUCAUUUGUUCAGUGUUUAUAAACAGCUGUCUGAAGUUUGUCAAGUUUUCGGUGUAACUGUCGCGCACCAUUUUGCUACAACGCGUUGAAAUUACGCUUGAAGUCAUACUGCUGAAUGAAUCUGGCACAAAGGCUCAUAUACCUCAGACGGACAGUAGAUGUUGGAUUGCAUAAGCUGUUUUAUGCUAUCAUUUACAGACGACGGACAUAUUUGUGCCUCUUAAAACUGAAAAAGAAUAAACAGUAGAGCAAACGAAGAUCUUAGGAAAUCAUAGUGGAUAAAUAUGAACGAGAAAGUUGCAGGUGUUUAAAUAACAUUGUGCACAUCAGAAGUGCAGACAGUACGAAGUAGAGGUUGAGGAAGAAAGUAUAGUACCUACUGUGAGAAUCAGAUCCAUUAAAGUUGUGUGCUGCUAUUUUGAUGAAUUGCGAAGUGACUUCUUCAUGUUCGUAUCUCAGCUCCAUAGGCAAAAUGCAGAAAGCAAAUGGAAGUUCCACCAUUUGGGAGGACAUCAUGACUCAUUCCCAGGAAGCCAGAGUUUCCAGUUCGCAAGACACCUUUCGGGUGGAGAAGGAAACCAUUUCCAGUGUAUCAGCUUUAGUCAGCAAAUUGAAUUCGUGUUCUGCCAUUGGUGCCGAUGGUUGCAAUGAACGCCGUAAAGGUGAUUUAUCAGCAACCAAUAACUUGGAUGCAAGAAAAACUCAAGAAACAUUCCCUUGGCUGUCUGACUUCUGGGAAACUUGUCGGAGCUCUGUCGGAACGAAGAACGUUAAAGUGUUGGAAAAUCUUAUACUGGAAUACCUAGCGAAAGUCAGUGGCAGUGUAAAAGAUUGCUACAUGAAACCUAAUCGUGCAGCUAAGCUGAAGAAGUCUAUGAAUGAUGUGCUGGUAUUCUUUCAUCUGUGCUACCAUGACAUGCAAGAGUCUAUGGAACAUUCCACCUAUCUUGACCGAAUGACUGAGUUGGUUUCUAUGUAUUUGGACAUGGAAAUAAAGGCUUCAAGGCGAAGAAAAGAAAGUGUGAAGAAAAUCGCUUGGAGGUUAUCGUCGAGUCUCAAUGUGUUGUUGGAUAAUUCUGAAGAACACAUGUUGGAUGCAAUCCUGAAAGCAAAAUUUAUAAACAAACACCAUAGAGAAUUGUGCGCUCCUCUUUUAGGGAAAAUACUUAACAGGAGUCACACAUACAAUAUGUAUGAAACAUUGUAUGUACGUUAUCUGUUGGUGUUCAAACUGUGGAAGAAAGUCGUUGCUAAUGCUGAUGAACGCCGCCGUAUAAACAAAUUGGCUGUUGCCAAAUUGAUUCCACCUCCACAUUUUGUAGAGAAGUCUAAACUGUUUAACACAGUGUUGCCAAAAAUACCAAAGUCCAAGAAGAAUGUGACCAUGUUUUUUAUGCAAGCAAAGUUCAAUUUGAAAGCUGCUUGUGUGGCUUUCCUGAAAACUUGCAGAGAGUCACAGCAACCUGGGUUCUCACAGGCAUUAGCUUUAAGUAUUGACAAACCUGUAUUCUAUGCGGAUGGUCGUGCCAAUUCACCUACGGGUCUUGAUGAAAAGGACAUUGGUGGAGGAAGUGGCAGCUUAAUAAAUGACAUAUGGUCAAGUAUAUGCAAUGUGGGUUCUGCAUUGGAGAACAACAGUCAGCUGAAAGAUUUAGAAGUAGAAAAACAAAACACGGAACAAGUAGUCAAAAAGAAGAAAAUUAAGGACAAGUCUGUUAAAAAGAAAGUUAAGAAGAAAAAAGAUGACAAAAAGGUCAUAAGUGAAGAAAAUCCUGAAAAAAUGAAAAAGAAAAAACUAAAAAAGAAAAUAAUUGUGGGGUUUGGUGAAAUGUUACUAGGCAGUAGUGUUGCAAGUAAUAUUUCUCUUCUGAAAAAACUUUGCAAAGGGGAUAAGGCAAAAAAGACGAAAAAGAAAAAAAUACUAAAAGAGAAUUCUAAUGUUUGUCCUGUGCCAGUGGGAGAUAUAAAAACAAAUGAAUGUGACAAUUUAUUAGGUACAGAUAAAGAGAGUGAGAAACAGCUCUUAAAAGAAACUGUUGAAGUUAAAGUGGAAACUAGUGUCAGCAGUGUUAAAGAAAUUGAUAGUGGAAAGAAAGAGGGUUUUGAAAAUACAGAUGCUCUGCAGAAAGAGAGUGUUUGUGUAGGAACAACAUUGAGUGUCAAGCAAAAUUCAUUAGCAGUAACAAAAGAUGACAGCAUAGUACAAAUAAAUGAACCAUUGAACCAGGUUGACCUUGUAAAUAGUGCUAGUUCAAAUGAAACUUCUAUUUUAUCAGUGCCCAAAGACAAAAUCAAGAAAGUGUCCUCAGAAAAUGAACGAAGUCCUAUGAAUCAGGUGCAUAUUGUUAACAGUGCUGGAUUAGAGGAGGCUUUUGAAACUCAGCGUAGGGUUAUUGUUAAGGUUGUUGAUAUGGCAGAUGUAGUACAACCAAGUAGCAGCAGUAGUCCACCAGUCGAUGUGACAGCACAUAUCCAGCUUCCAGAUGUAUCUGUAGGAUCUAGUCAGUUGGUUCCAGUGACUACAGAAAAUGAAGCAUUAGCAACCAAACAUACAGAAGUUACAAAUACUGACAUUGUAUUGCCAAAGGUUGUUAGGGACCCUGUUUUGGUGUCAAGUCAAACUGCUAAUUCACAAGUACCAGAUACAGUUUCAUAUGUUUGUGACUCUUCUGUAAAAAAUGAGGUUCCUUUGCCAACUGAUGUUUGUACUCCAGGAGUCAGUCUCUACAAUGAAGCUCCAAUGGACAUUGAUGCUGAUGAACAGAUGUUGUCAGAUCUCGCAUCACGGGGUGGUGUUAAAUGUGAUGGUGAAGAAGAUGAAGUUUUGCCAGAUGAAUUUAUUAGACGAGAUAACAUAGAUAAUUUGUUUAAUACUGGAAAUAAUUUGUUUAAUACUGGAAAUAAUUUGUUUAAUAAUGGAAAUAAUUUGUUUAAUACUGGAAAUGAAGCAUUUGUAAUAGAACUGUUAGGCGAUCUGCCUGAACACAAUAUGACUCUCUCUUCCUCUCCCCAUGUAAGUCAUGAUUCCUCAGAUGGAGAAACUCUGGAUCCAUUUGAGACAGCUUAUUUAAAUAACAUGAUGAAUAAUUUCUUCAGUGCGAAAGAGGAUUUUUCACAGGAGAAACAAGAAUGCAUUUUGCGUGGAGUUUCGUCAGCAACAAAGGCAGCAUUUGUGAAUGUACAAACAGAAGAACCAAGCAAAAAGAUUAUGGAAGGAGAUGGGGGUUCAACAGAUGAAGAAACUGAAAACUAUUACGAAUGUCAAAAUUCUCGACCACAGAGUGAUGAUGUUGACAAAAAUAGGCUUCGCGCAGGAGGGAAGGUCAUACCAACUGCAGUAAUUUCUUCCACUGGUUCCGUCAGUGUGACUGUGAAAGAUAAAGAAUUGGCGGCAGAUUCUCCAUCACGUAAUGAUAUUGAAAAUGAUACUUCACGUAAUGAUAUUGAAAGUGAUACUUCACGUCAUGGUAUUGAGAAUGAUACUUCGUGUAACAAUAUUGAAAAUGAUGCUUCAUGUAAUGGUAUCGAAAAUGAGACUUCAUGUAACCGUAUUGAAAAUGGUACUUCUCAUAGUGGUAUUGAAAAUGAUACUUCUCAUAAUGGUAUUGAAAAUGAUACUUUAUGUAAUGGUAUAGAAAAUGAUACUUCAUGUAAUGGUAUUGAAAAUGAUACUCGUCAAAGUGCAACAGCAAAUGAUUCAUUCCCUAAUAGUAAGAGUAAUGCUUGUGAAAUUAGUAGUAUUAGGGAAGCACCUUCUCAGCCACACAUCACUGCUAAUUCUACACCUCUGAGUUCUGCUAGUAGUACAUCCAGUGAAGAAUCUCAUAUUCAGACCAUUGACAAUUAUACACCUGUCGUGAAUGUUGAGACGAGGACCCAGCCUUGUGCUGAAAGAAUAGAAGUUCCUGAACUAAGAGAAGAAGAUGUAGCAACUCUUCAAAAAUCAUCGACUGAAAAAGCUCUUCCCAGAAGCUUGGAAAACACUGAGACAGUUAGAGAACACUGUGUUGAGACUGUUAAAGAACACUGUGUUGAGACGGUUAAAGAACACUGUGUUGAACCGAUCAAAGAAAACUGCGUUGAAGACACCCAGUAUCAGAGUGUUACGGUUACUGUUUCUGAAUAUAAUACAGAAUUGGCAGAGUGCCUUCCAAGUGUUGAAUCUGAUUCUUGUAAAGUAUCAGAACAACCUGUAAAGGAACUGCCAAAACCAUCUCAAAGAGGUAUGUUUGUGGAAAAUAACAAUUCACGUGGUAAGUUAACAUAUACAAAUCUGUCUAUGCAGGGACUGUAUCCUUAUACCUAUCCGGCACCUGUACAAAUGAGUAAGUUUUUGCCAGCCUAUCCUGAAUGUGCCUGUAGUGAAUGUUACAGUAAUUACUACUUACGUUUAUCUAAUUAUAAUGCAGGCUUAAAUUGUUAUGAGAGUCCUUUACAAUACACUAGUUCAGAUACGGUUAGGGAAAUGGAGAAGUUGAAAGCAGAGGACCAGGAGCUGCUGAGAAAAAUUGAAGAAUCACUGAUAGCAGACAAAUCUGUUAAAUGUGAAAAACCUAAUGAUGAAUAUGAAUCAAAAUGUAAAACUGACAUAGAUUCAUCUCUGCCUUUGAAAAAGAGGUUAACUAUGGCCCGUGUUCAAGCUGAAACAAAAAUAAAAGAGGAACAUGAAGAAUCCAAAAAAUUGGAUGGUUUUCCAUCAUAUCCCAGAAAACCAAUGAUGAGUAUUGCUGAGCUAGAAAAAGUUCACAGUUUUGCAAAAUAUAUCAAAUACCCAGGAAACAAUAAAUUUUAUCGUAUUGAAAACUAUAAUGUGCUUCCUGCAGACUAUCCCCCUGAAGAGAUUGUUGUUGAUGUGCCAGACAAAAAACCUCCAAGAGAUAUAAUGCAUCAUUAUGUACGUGGUGUGGUUCCUCCAUCUGUAGUAGAACAUAGUUCGCACAGAAGUGCAGCUCCAUAUGCUUACCGACAAGUGUUAAAUCCCUGUCAAGAUCCAAGGUAUUCUCAGUCAUAUCAAUCUGAAUAUACUACCGGAGCUGUAAGUGUCAAUUCUUCUCAAGUAAAUUAUGAGUAUUCAGGACGACAGUUCAAAACUCCUGCGCAGUUGAAAGAAAUACCUGAAGAGAGUGGAACAUACAUCAGUUAUUCUGCAAUGAAGAAAGAAGACGACAAAAGUUCUGUUUUAUUGGACCAGAGGAAUAGUGAACGGACUCCUGAUGCAGAGAGGGCUGUAGAGAGCAACAGAUACAUAGUUCCUAAAUGUGAAGUUGACUAUUUAUCUUCAAGAGAAGGAUACAGUACAACAAAGCAUAGUAUUUUGGAUUUAUCUGUUGAAGAUGAAAACACAGUUAGUGAAACAAAAACACACAAAAGUUCAAGGAAAAAGAGGUGUCACACUUCAGACAGUCAUUCAAAAAGUUCAGGUAAAAGAAGUAGAUCGAGGAAUCAAUCAGUCAUACAGAAAGCUGAAACUGUUGAUGAUUUCAUGAAGUCUUUUGAAAAUAAAAGGAAGCGCAAAAAUUUAAACAGAUAGCAGAUUGUUAAUAAAGACUUAGAUCAUCCUAUUCAGGGUGUUAUAGUAUUCAGGUCUUAGUUGGUGUAAGAACUAAGUGUUAAUAUAUGUAUAUGGUUUGUAAAUACAGUUCAGGUAUACUACAUUAAGGCAAUGGAAACCAUAUUCCAUGAGCUCAGGGAUAUGUUUCACAAAAAGUUAAUCAAACCCUAGUCAGUAAAUACUGUGAAACGAUUUGAUGUGGUGUUUUAAUGUUGAAUUUGUAUCAUAAACUGUUUUGUAUUUUUUAAACUGGAAAGAAAUUGUUAAAUACCUCGAAUAGAAAGUGUUACAUGGUAUAAAUUUGAUAGUGUUUCUGGUAUAUUAAGACUGAUUAUUUUGUAAAUUCUACCUAUACGUCUGAUACUUUUUCACUAUCAUACUGAGCAGUUUUCAUUUGCAUAUGGAGUUAGUCAUGUUAUUGUUACCAUAAAUUAUGCAUUUCACUGUUAUUAGGUUAACUUCUCGCAUUAGAUAUUUCAAAGUUAUUAUAUAGCUUAGUUGCAUAUGUAUUGAAAAGUCUGAUCAAACUAUUAUAUUUUUCUAAUGGAAGGUGUGAAGAAGUGUUGACAGAUUUUACAAAAUAUUUAAAUAUUUUUAGCAGUAGGAAAGACCUGGGAUCAAUUUAUUUUCACUCGCAUUACUUUCAAGAGCAAACACAGUAUUUAUGCGUGAAACUAUUGGUGGCUGUGAUUAUCGUAACUUGAUUUUAUUUGUGUGUGUUAUAGCAAAGGAAAAGUAUUUCUUUUCAUGUUUCUGUAGUAUUUAAAAAAACUGAAGAGUUCAUUCUUCAGUACAUGCUCAAAUUUUUAAGCUGUUCUGUGUGUGAGAGAUGUUGAUUAAACAGUGAGAAAUACAGGAAAAAUACCACAACUACUUACAGGAUGAAACAAUAUUAUAGUCGUACAAAAUAUGCAGUAUACGAAUCAAGAAAUUCCAAGAUAUCUGUGCAUCCAGUGCUCUGGAUAACAACAUGAGGCUCACAUGAUAUCAGGAAAUGCACCGAUAAAAUGAAUUCAAAUAAAAAGCCACAUAGAAGACAUAAUAGCAGAUAUUUUGGGUGUAAAGAAUGAAAGUUGAGAGAAAUAUCUCAAGAUAUGGGAAUGUACGAGAGUCAUUCUGUAAUGCAGAAGAUGAUGAAAAAAGUUCUAUUUUGCCGUAGGUUGCUGAGCCAGACAAUGGUUCAACAUUCUUUGAGCGACUGGUAUAAUUGAAAGCAUUAAAUUUCUUUGUGUUGGUGAUUCCGUCUCAGUAAAAUAUUCUAGUAAAUCAGGAAUGUUUAUAAUUGUAUGUCAUCUCAGUAUUCUGUGUGGCCAUUCAUUUGUACAAAAAUUGACAACAGAUUUAAGUGUGAAGCAUGUUCCUUAGUGAAUAUUUCUGCCUUAGUUUCGAUAAUAACUGAGCAAUUAGUUUGUUGUUACGCAGAAAUUCUGGCUUAUUGAUAUUUCUGUACAAUAGUUUGCUCAUUCGUGUAUCAAUUAAAUUUUGUGGUUCACGUAGAGAUUUUUACAAGAAAAUAUUACAGAAAUUUGAGCAAAAAUUUAUAUUGAAUUUGUUGAUAAAUUAAUUUAAAUCUGUUUAAGACUAGUCAGAGUGCAAUUAACCAGGAACCAUUCCCAUGCAACGACCACGAUACAAAGAGAAUGACAGAAUUCCUAUGCUUACCAUAAAAUGUGUUGAUUGUACUUGCAAAUAACAUAAUCCUCAAGAUUAGAAUGGUUUUUAUUGGAAAGAAUGGAUAGAAAAAUACACAGAUCAAAUAAAUACAUAUUCCAAAUCCUUCAAUAAUAAAUGACUAUUGUGUGAACACUUACAGAAAACUGAGACAGCAAAUAUUGUUUUGAGACUAAUAUCAUUUUCUAAAAGCAGUUGUUAAAGUGUGCUAGCAUGUACAAGCUAAAUUGAAUUCCUGUGGAACGUUCCAGAGAUUAUAGAAGGAGAGUUUGAAGUUAAAAGGAAAGCAAAUUAUCGAAGAAAUUGAUUAAUGAAAUGCAGAACAUUGAACACAGUUACUUCAACAUGGUUGCAUACUCUAUAACAAUGUGGCUUCUGGGUCGUAGCAGAGAACUAACGGGUCUGUAAUGGUAAAAUGUUGAGAGGAAUGAAUUGGAUGGCACCUGAAGAAAUUGAAGAACAUAACAAGAAGACCAGAGUUUUACAGCUGUUCCAGGAAUAAACUUAAUACAUAAUUUCAUAUAUGAUCACUAAAGAACAAUAGAAGUAUCAUCCGAACAUGAAGAGAACAGAGUCGACAACAGAUGCAGUGUUAUUUCAACAUGAUUGCAUAAUCUACAACUAUUUAACUCUGAAUUGUGGCAGAGAAGUAACCAUUAUAAAGUAUUAGGGUCACAGGAGUAAUAGUCAAGAAUUCUUGCAUUAUGACAUAAAUUAGUUAAAAUCUCAGUAGUGUAAUAGGGCGGUAUCAAGUGAAAGCAGCAGAAACAGUACUGGUAGUAGACAUUUCAUCCUGAUAUCUAAACCACAAAUCAUUUGGACCAAGCAUUGAGAUAUAUAAAAAAGUUAUGAAUAGCAAACAAAGAAACACCCAUCACGACAGAGGCCAAAGUUAUGUGAAGACUUGGAAGAAAAUGAAAAUGUGGCAUACAAAAUACAUCUGAUUUGGUGGAUAGGACAAAGUAAAAAAAAAAAAAUUGUGAAUCAAAAAAUUUCAGAAGAGAUGUUA